UGCGCCUGCGUCCCACAACACGCUGACACACAAACAGAGGAGCUAUUGUUGGCCGAGGACUGGGCAGCAGUCCGCAGGUUCGGUCAGGAUUUAUCUUACCUGUUGAAAUUUCGUGUGGGUUAUUUUCAACUUUAAAGAGAGAAAAAAAUAAAUAAAUAAAGAGAAGAAGUCAGGUGAGGAUUGGGAAAACAAGCGUUGGCGGAAGGAAGAGAGGAAGAAGGACACUGAGGAGGAAGUAAAUAAGGACGAACCCGACCGUUGGGCUCUGAACUCAACAGGUCAGCCUCAUCUUCGGCGUCUUUCAAACGGGGCGGCUCGAAACGACGACAGAAACAUGCCGUACGGACCGUGGAAGAAGAAAAACAAGGCGACGAAGGAGCACUUAGUCGAAAACGAGGAGUUGAGCGGCGGACACGCAGGUGCCGGGAGCCCGGGUAAAUCCGCCGUGAACGGAGCGGGGCUCCCGCCUCCACCUGCCAGCUUGCGGCCCAAGCUGGUGUUCCACACGCAGCUAGCGCACGGCAGCCCCACCGGGAGGAUCGAGGGAUUCACCAACGUCAAGGAGCUCUACGGCAAGAUAGCAGAGGCGUUCAAUAUCAGUCCUCCUGAUAUCCUGUUCUGUACCCUCAACACCCACAAGAUUGACAUGGAGAAGCUGCUGGGGGGGCAGAUCGGUCUGGAGGAUUUCAUCUUUGCCCACAUUAAGGGGAUCAAAAAGGAGGUGGAAGUGUACAAGUCUGAAGACGCCCUGGGCCUCACCAUAACGGACAAUGGAGCAGGCUAUGCCUUUAUAAAGCGAAUCCGAGAAGGCAGCGUUGCAGACGAGGUGAAGGUGAUCUGCGUGGGCGACCACAUAGAGUGCAUCAACGGACGCAACAUCGUCGGGACGCGGCACUACGAGGUCGCCCGCAUGCUCAAAGACCUUCCCAGAAACACGACCUUCACCCUCAAACUGAUCGAGCCCAUGAAGGCUUUUGAAAUGCUCGAGCCCAGGUCAAAGGGCGGCAAGCCGGGCAACGACAAUAAGAUCGGCACGGGGAGGAGCACGCUGAGACUUCGCUCCAAAGGUCCAGCCACAGUGGAGGACGAGCCGACAGAAUUUGAUGAGAAAGCAAUAAAGAAAGUAGACGACCUCCUGGAGAGCUACAUGGGGAUCAGAGACACCGAGCUUGCUGCUACGAUGGUUGAAGUCGGCCGCGACAAGAAGAACCCCGACGAGUUCGCCAUGGCUCUAGACGAGUCCCUCGGAGACUUCGCCUUUCCCGACGAGUUCGUCUUUGAUGUGUGGGGCGCCAUCGGAGACGCCAAGCAGGGAAGGAUUUAAGUUUCUGCCGCAUCCCUCAGACACACACACACACACACACACACACACACUCCUCUCCCACAAGCCGACUGGACAAACAGGCAGGCUGGCGUGUCAAUAAAGAAAUUUGCAUGUAAAGAUACCUGAAGUCCAGUUUCUGACACCGGACCUGCCUCCAGUGUGCAGAACGUUGAUUACCGAGUCCAGAUGUUGCAGAGGUUUGUCACAGUGGUUAUAAAUUGCACCUUCACAAGCUUAAAUCUCCUCUUUCAUACUCUGAAUCUAUUUUUUAGUUGUGUAUGUUUGGAUAUACAGAUGUGUGGCACGUCUUUUUAUAAUUUUUUCUUUUUUUAUAUGCAUAUAUAUAUAUAUAUAUGAGAAUGUUGCUGAUUUUACAGCAGCAUUGUGUAAUUAGAAUAAUGCAGAUUUUUAGCAAUAUAUCUCUCGUCAGGUAAUUUUUUUGUCUUUCUGGUAGAUUACUUGUGAUAAUUUCUCAUCUGUUGUGUUGUUAGCCAAAUUGAUAGCAGACAUUCCUCAGUAGCUGCGUUUCCAUUACAAAUGUGCAAAACUUUGUCGAUAUUUAGAUAAAAAUGCAAUUUUGCAAUUACAAUGUUUCCAUUAAAUAAGAAACAUAAUUAAAAAUCACGAUUUUCACCCGACAAGUCAUUAAAAACCAUGCCGCUCCAUCCUCCUCCUAUCACUUCCUGUCAUCUUCUUUGUCGACUCCACCAGUAGUAACAUCCGGUUGUUGAUCACAUGGCUCAUGUGAUGCGGAAAAAGUGUUUCCAAAGCAACAACUAAAUCCUAGCGCAAACGACAAUGGAAACGCAGCUAGUUUCUUAGUCUAAAGGGCAUAUUUACAUAUAUUUGUUCAAUUUCUGUAAAUUAUUGUCAAAUGAAAUCCAAGGCAUGGCAACUGUGAAGACCUUUUCAGAGCCGUCUAUAAAUUUCUGUAGCCAGCUGUUUGCAACCAUAAGGGAUCACAGUUGUUGCAUAAAAACAAAUAAAAUGUGACGUAUUGUAA